CCCCGGGCAGGGCCCUGCCCGCUGGGUUUAGGGCAGUUUUGUCCAUGACCGGGCUCGGGAGGGAUCCCCGCCCGUCGCGGCCGGCUCCAGAUCCUUUGCAGACAGAGCUGGAAUGUGGAUCUAAAGCAUUAGAUUUUGUUUUCUAAAGAGAAAAUUGGAGGUAGGAAAUCGGAGGCAGCUGUACUUACUGUGAAUGCGUAUUCAGAUCUUAGAGGAUCCUCUAGAUAUUAUUGGAAUGCGACUACAGAGAAAAAUGUGCUUUUCUGACAACUUGGUUGUGGACAUUUAAUCAGACUUUGAUUUCUGGAAAUGCUGCAACAUGGCUUCAUCUGGGAAUGAGAUAGAAAGAUGGCCUCACAGGCAAGGUGGCAGAAUUGGAGAGCUGGUAGAGCCCGUGACCUCUCCCGAAAAUGGUAAUUGUCUUUCACCAGCAAAGUCGAUCGGCAGCGUAGACCAUCUCUUGCACCUUCCUGGAAGAGUAGACUCUGCUUACAGCUCUUUCUCAGGGGGAUCAAAUGUUCCAGAGUAUCCCACCCCAUCGUGCUAUGGUGAAAACUGCUGUCUUCCUCCAGAGCAGGUACCGUACAUGGACACAGAAUAUGUAAGAGGCAUUUAUAAUGUCAGUGCAGCAAACUCUGACCUCAGGUGCCUGCAUCUGUACAAGGCACCAGACCUGAGCAUCCAUAAUAACCCUCACAGCACCAGUCUAGCUGAACGCUGUGGAAGCACUCCUACCCGUGGGACUUUAAAUCAGGGACCGCUGCCUCCGGCGGCACCUCCACCUUCUCCUCCCACGCGACUCGAUAGCUAUAAAGUCACUAGGCACCUUGAAAACUCAAGAGGGAGACGCAACUCUGGAAGUCGUGGUGAGUGCAGCGGGCAGCCAGCUCCCUGCGAGCGGGACAAUCAGCUAGCAGAUAGGGUUGUACCGUGGAGUCAACAUGGGAGUGAAGUUACAGAGCAAGAUAGAGUGGCUGCUAGGGGAAAGACUCUGGAAAACAAGGGCCUUUCUUCUGAUUCUACAAAUGAGGUAUCUGUAUCAAAAAUUCAGGGGUUAAAACCAGAGGAAAAUGGAGAGUGGAGCCGAUCCCAACAAUCUUUAAAGAGAAGCAAUCCACACAUUUCCAGCAGACCUUCUUCAUUGAUUUUUCAAGAAUAUUUAAAGACUGCCUCUGUGGCUAAUGUCCCUAGAAUACUUUCUGCUUAUAAUUCAGUCCAUGCUUAUAAAAGUUCUGAAGAGAUGAACUCCAGGUCCUACCACCCAGUGCAUACCAACCCCAACGCUGUUAAUGAUACACAAGAAGACAAACAGGAUCCCUGCAGUGUACGCAAGCCUGCUUUCGGAGGAGCAGAGCUGCCAAGCGCGGUGCCAGAACCCAGCCAAAGGAGAGGAUCCUUGCCCUGCGCUCAGUGCCCGCUCCGUGCUGAGUCGCGUUCAGACACGGAUCGAGAUGCGUUUGAGGACAGUUGUGACUUGAACUAUAUGGAGAAUGCUCUUCUAAUUAAAGAUGCUUCCAGGAAACUGAACAGUUGUACAGAUGAAAAUCAGCGCUAUGACUCUGAAGGAAAAAUUGGGAGUGAUGUUAGAGAAGCACUCCUGAAUCAGCAAGACAAACCUCAGAGAUCAUCACUGUCCUGCAGCUACGGUACUGUAGAAACAGAGCACCUGCACUGUGAGGAGUCGGAUCAGGGAAAUAAGCAAUGCUAUAAUAACACUAGCCAAAUGUCUUUUUUCAGACCAAAAGAAGAUUCCACAUCUCAGUUUUUACAUGAAGUCAGGAAAGAAAACCAGACUAAUAACAGCAGUCCUGACCUUAGCACGCAUCUAGAACAAGAGGAACCGCCUGUUUGUUAUCAGAAAUAUCAACCUGAAUUGCAAAAACAGCUCUUAAGACAGCUUCAGGAUGAUCUUGCUGGUGAACAAAUAACCAGGCAGACAACUCCCAUGCUUUACUAUCUUUCUGGGGGGAAAACCACCAACGUCCUGUACCACAACAAGCUCACUCAAUGUCAUGAGGACUUGAGGAGCUCACCAAAGGAAUUUCCAGUAAGCAGCUACUCUGCCUCAGCGCGGUGUGUAGAGAUACAAAGGGAAAGCAAACAGCUUCAAAAUACCAACCACCACCAUCAGUGCAGUGCUGGUGAUCUCCUGCUUGAGACCGAAGAUCUUGUUCUCAGGAGUCCUGCUUCCUCCAUGGAUGAGAAUUUCAAGAACGACUAUAGAGAGAAGCUUAAAGUGGCUCAGAAAAAGGUUUUGAGAGAAACCUCCUUUAAAAGAAAAGACUUACAGAUGAGUUUGCCUGUUAGACUGAGACAGAAACCCUCUACGAGGCCAUCAAUCGAACACCUUAGGUCUUUCUCCUUAUCCAGUGCAAGUGAGGAUGCCAAACCUCUUCUUUGUUCCCCUUCCCAUCUAGAAUCCUUGGAAAGUUUCCACAGAGAUGAAGAAAUUAAGAGGCCACAAACAGGUCGAAUAGGGGGAAGGAAAAGGGUGACGAAGGAGCAAAAGAAGCUGUGUUAUUCUGAACCUGAGAAACUCGAUCAGCUAGCAGAUAAAGACAUAUCAUGGAGUGAAGUCAGGGGUGAAAUCACUGAGCAAGACAUAGUGGUGGCUAGGAGAAAGACUUUUGAAAACAGAGGGAGGGCACUUUCCAGUUCAGGUAUCUCCAGGGCGGAGCUGAAACAAAUCCAGCAUACUGCACUUAUUGAAUACAUGGAACGAAAGAUUAAUCAAAGACCAGGUAGUUCACAACACCUCCCGCUGCAUAAGCUGCCCCUGCAGAAGAGGCUGUCGCAUCCCAAAUGGCCUCCUGGCAAGAUUUCCGAUCCAAGCGGGAGCAGGAAGGUGCAAAACAGUGAGGUUCUCUGCCCAGUUUUCUCUAAAGACAAAUCCCCAGAUGUUUUUCCUCCUUUGGCUUUUGUUUCCCCGCUGAGCGUGGGCAGCAGGUGUGAUCCCAGCGCUGCUGCUGCUCGCACGGCGACCUCGAGGCACGGCCCGGCUCCCGGCGGCGCGGACGGGAGCUGCCCUGGGAAGUGCGCGUCAGCUGAGAGCCUCCCGCGGGCCGGCGAUCCUGCGGCUCAGCGAGUUCGCGAGAGAUCGAAAUCAACGCCUCCAUCCACACAGGGCCCUUCCGGACGUGCCGGUGGUGCAGUGGCACCGUCGUGGCGUUGCGAGAGCUGUCUCGGCACCCCCAGUUCCCGUGAUCCUGAGAAAGACGGAUGCAAGAAUCACGAGUAUAAAGACAAUGAUACAAGCGGAGGUGCAUGUUGUUGGGAUAUUAAGGAGCUGACUCCUGAAACCGCUAUUCCUGUCCCAAGAGGUAGAAGCAAGGAGGUUGCUCAGGUGGAGGAGGUGUGCAGAACUAAAUCUCUGAAUGGCGAUGCUUUAAUAAAGCGUCCAGAGCAGCAGCCUGCAGCUUCUCCACAGCAAGUAACGUACUGCCACACAGCGUUAGCUCAGCCUCACCAAGGAGACAAAAAUACAGCCAAAGGUUUAGUUGCAAAGGAAACAUCAGUGCACAAUAGCCAAGAGGAUAUUCUCCCCGAGAGAGAGAGAAAUCUGCCCAAAAGGAGACUGCAGUCUCCUGAAGACCAGAGAUAUGAAGAACUUGCUAUGGAGAUCAUUGCCAAAGACAAUUCUCUGGUUGAUAUUCUCAUGCCUCAUCCUGUUAGAAAAACUGCUUUAGACCUGAUGGAGGGUCUGUUUCCUGUUAACAUUUCCAUGCUGGAUAAAUCACACAGGAAAAAGGGAAACGUUCAGCAUGUGAAUGAGAGCGACAGAAAAAGUAGUCGAGACACAACAGAACGUCCUGAAUCUGAACACGAUGCCAAGCAAAGGAGCAGAGAUCCCACCUCCAAGAGAAACCAAGUCCUGAAUAGGAACAGAGACAGCACAAGUGACCUAGAUGACCUCACAUCUAAGAAACUGGAACUCAUCUCCAGCCUCCGAGCAAAGCUGCAGACCCUGUGGGAGGAAAGGGAGCUCGUCCUCUCUGAAGCCAGGGAGUGCGCCGAGCGGGGCGAGGAGCUGGAGGCAACGGUGCGGGACGUCUGCAAACCCAACGAGUUUGAGCGCUACAUGAUGUUCAUCGGUGACCUGGAGAAGGUUGUGAGCCUGUUGCUCUGCUUGUCCAGCCGCCUUGCCCGAGUCCAAAAUGCCAUGAGGAGGGUCGAUGGCAAUACAGAUGCUGAGGAGAAGCAAUCGCUGAACGAACGGCACAAGCUCUUGUCUAGACAGCGGGAAGAUGCAAAAGACCUGAAAGAGAAUCUAGAUCGUAGGGAAAGAGUGGUCUCUGGAAUCCUUGCCAAAUACCUGACUGAUCAGCAGCUCCAGGACUACCGACGCUUUGUUCAAGUCAAGACCUCCUUGCUGAUUGAACAGAAGGACCUCGAAGAGCAGAUUAAAUUUUUCGAAGAACAGUUAGAAAAUCUUGAGAAAAGCAUCCCCCUCUAAUUCCCACCAACAGACCGUCCCUGUUCACACACUGUCAUUUGUGACGUUUCCCCGGACAUCCAGAGGCGCUCGGUUCGGUGAAUUCUCACAGCCCUGUUAGUGCCACAGUAUCGACAAGUGCUGAGACGCUCUGGGGAGGCUUGAGGCACACGCUGGAUGUGCCUUCCCCCGGGACGGGCCAGCUGACAGCACCGCACAGCAUGUACCAGACUGCACUUGGGAAAUGACUGAUAGGAUGUGUUGCUCCUAUUAACUUGGCGUGUAUUCCCCCUUUUUGUUGUCUGUCCAUCUGUUUCCAGAUUGACAUAAUCUCAAUAAAAGAACGAUGCAAAUA